GACAGAGUCAUAUCAGGGGCCACGUCGCCGCGGCAGCUUCAGUUUGGGCUUUUUCAGGAUACAUUGCAAAUGUUUAGGACCCACCGCUCCUGCCUCACCAAAACUGAGUGAACUAAUUAAUCAUGAGAAAACAACAAAUUGAUCCACGGGACUGAAGAAAAGAUAAUCCUUUAAACCAAGAGAAGAACAUUCUAACAAUUUUUAUUACAGUUCAUGCUGUUGAAUUACAUGGAUUCUGUGGUUUCGGAAUUAUAAAGUUUGUCGUCUUGUGGAACAUUGUUUCAGUUUUUAAUUAAAGCCCCCCAAAGAGAGGACAUUUACCACGGUUUGCUCUCCUGUCACUGUCCCGUUUCUUUCGAGGUACAACUUUAUUCGGGGAUGUUGAGCUCUGUGAAGAUGGAAUCUCAUGAAAUUCCUGAAUGGAAUGCUUUCUACAGCGAGGCAAAUGAGAUGUACUCAUCUCAGAGCGCCAUGAACUCAAUGAGCAGCUUGAACAGCUACAUAAAUCUGAACUCGGCCUGUUCCACAACCAGCAUGAAUAUGGGCUACCCCGGUGCAGGUCUCAACAGCACCCCAUUGACCAGCAUGGGUGGAGGCCCCAACCACAUGAGCCUGUCCCCAGUAGGCUCCUCUUUGAACCCUGGUUCUCUGACCCAACUGGGCUCUUCUGCCUCCUCCCUGGGUCCCCUCUCCCAUUACCAGAGCAUGGGUCAGCCUAUGUCCCAGAUCAGCUACCCCUCUCCUACCUCCCUAAACCGGACUAAGGAGGUGCCAAAGCCCUACCGUCGCUCUCUGACCCACGCAAAGCCACCGUACUCCUACAUAUCCCUCAUUACCAUGGCUAUUCAGCAGUCCAACAGUAAGAUGCUAACACUCAACGAAAUCUACCAGUGGAUCAUGGAUCUGUUCCCAUACUACCGCGAGAACCAGCAGCGCUGGCAGAACUCAAUCCGUCACUCUCUGUCUUUCAACGAUUGCUUCGUCAAAGUGGCACGUUCGCCCGACAAGCCUGGCAAGGGCUCCUACUGGGCACUGCAUCCCAAUUCAGGAAACAUGUUUGAGAAUGGUUGCUACCUGCGUCGCCAGAAGCGCUUCAAGAUCGAGGAUAAAUCAGGAAAGAAGAGCACAGCAAAGUCUCAGGAGGGUGGCAGUGCCAAGGGCAGGCAUGGAGGGGAGGGAAUGCAGGAAGAGCACAGCCCUGCCACAAGCUCAGAGGGUGCAGACUCGGCCCAUUCUGACAGCUCCCAUCCUGGAUCAGCCUCAGAUGAGCAGCAGAGGAGCCUGGUGCAGCUGGAUUGCCCAUCUCAGCCACCCAGCCUUUCACACAGUUCACCAGUGCCCAUUCAGUCUUCAGUGUCCUCUUCCAUGGCCCCUUCUAGCUCUCACCUGCACUCUCAGGGUAUGGGUGGAAGCCCCCAUCUGCUGGCCAGCCCCAUGCAACAUCUGGAUCUGCAGAACGACCCACUAAAGUCCAUGGACCCCCACUACAAUUUCAACCAUCCAUUCUCCAUCACAAAUCUCAUGUCCAAUGAACAGAAGAUGGACUUCAAGUCCUACCAGGACCAGGUGAUGGCUUACAACAGCUACACAACAUCUUCUCCUGUGGCCUCCAAACAGAUCUAUGACAGUGCAGGCCCAUCUGCCAUUGACUCUGGUGCCUACUACCAGACCCUCUACAGCAGGUCUGUCCUCAAUGCAUCAUAAUGUGUCAAAACAAAUCAAGCUAUUUGAACUCUAUAGACUCUUAAUGGCUGACAGGAUUCUUACAUCUUCACAACAUAAAGCUUAAAAAAAAAAAAUCUUUUUUUUUUCUUUUUUUCCCCAGAACCAGUUGAGUAAUUUUUUUUUAUUUUUUUUUUAUUUUUUGUUUUGUUUUUUGAAUUUACUAAAUUCGUAUAUUCAGGAACUAAACCUUGGGUUUUGGAUGUAACAGAUGUAUACAAAUGAUGCCACAUGUAUAUACUGUUUGCAAAUGUUUGGGUGAGCAGGAGUCAUGCAUUUAUUUAUGAAGGGAAGAAUUUAAUAUAUCUUUUAUGAAUUUGUGUUGUGAAGUUACAUUAAACAAUUAUGAGAGGACAUAGAAUGCGGAAAUGUUUGAGUUCAGGUUACUGCUGUGAGCAGGUGUUACUGUGUUACAGGGAAAUUCUCGUGUCUUGUGUUACAGCGUAACGCAUGUUCAGUUUAAGUGCACUAACACAGUGUACACCUUUUCCCUAAGGAGAGUAUGUACCAUGCUUGUCUCUUAAAGAAGCUGAAGAAAUUACUUUUUUACAUUUGGCCAUGAAUGAAGUCAUUUUGUAUAUUCUGUGCUUCAGUAAAAAUGUCUUUGUUUAGUAUAUAAAAGAUAAAAGUUUGACGAAGACAGAUAAAACUGUGGUAAACCAAACGAUUAUUAUUAUUAUUAUUUUUUUUUUUUCUAGAAUGCAGGCAAAAAUAUUCACCAAAAAGAUGUCAAAUACUUUCAGUAUGCAUCAAUUCCACUGUUAUUCCAGGUGCCAUCAAGUCUGCAAAGCUCAGCUGUAGCUGUUACUAAAAGAUCAGCAGACAAUGCACUAAGGGCCAUAUCCAUACAAUACUUUGCACUAGUGGCCUCUCUGUUCUACACUACUGGGGAGUUGUGAGAUCGUUUUGUUACAGCAAUGCUUUGUAACUACCAUUUUAUCAGAAAAUUAUGCAAACCCUGAUGAAAUUGCCAUGAUGUGUUGUUGUGAGGUCUCUUUCUCCUCCUUCCUAAAUUUUAAGCCAGCUUUAAUUAAAAACUUCAUGUCAAGCCAUCAUGUUGUAAACAAAUUCUUGCAAAUUAUUUGAAUUUUGUAAGAAAGCAGGUCAGAAUAUGUUCUUGUACUGUUUAGUUUUAAAAGACUGUGUUUAUUUAAACCCAGCUUUUUGUCUGUUGGGCUUAGAAGAUAAGUGUCUUAAUAUAUAUCUAUAUAUAUUGCUAUAUGUGGUUGAUUGGUUUAUGGUAUGUUCUUAAUGUUUUUAUGUUCUUUUCAUAUUAAACAAAAAAAAA